GCCGAAGCCCCUCGGGCGGCGCCGGGAGGCAGGCACUGCGGGCCGGCGAGCCGCACCCUCCGGGAGGUCUGCUCCCGAGGGCGUGGAAGGGAGGGUCCCGGGGCGGGGGCGCGCGCCCUCCCUGCGCCGCGCGCUUUAUCCGCACCCGCGGCUUCCCUGCCUCUUUCGGCCGCGGCACUCCGACAUGUGCGGGCUGGAGAGCGAGCGUGCUCUGAGCCGCGCGCGCCGCGGGCCACCUCCUACUCCCGGCGCCCGCCACGGCCCAGGGCCUGGCCCUUCCUGGCCCAAGACCUGGGGCUCGGACUUGGCGCCUCGGAACGCCUCGGGCGCCACCAGACCUCCGCCGCCGGGCGCUCAGGACUCGUUGCCCCAGGACCGCCACGACGCGAGCAGCAAUGGGACCCCGCGUAUCCCCCACCUCUCCUCGGCGGGGCAGCAUCUCUACAGCCCCGCGCCGCCGCUCUCCCACAGCGGAGUCGCCGAGUACCAGCCGCCGCCCUACUUCCCGCCUCCGUACCAGCAGCUGGCCUACUCGCAGUCGGCCGACCCUUACUCGCAUCUGGGGGAAGCCUACGCUGCCGCCAUCAACCCCCUGCACCAGCCCGCGCCCGCCGGCAGCCAACAGCAGGCCUGGCCCGGCCGCCAGAGCCAGGAGGGCGCGGGCCUGGCCUCGCACCACGGGCGCCCGGCCGGCCUGCUCCCGCACCUCUCGGGGCUGGACGCGGGCGCCGUGAGCGCCCGCAGGGACGCCUUCCGCCGCUCGGACCUGCUGCUGCCGCAUGCUCACGCCCUGGACGCCGCGGGCCUGGCGGAGAACCUGGGCCUCCACGACAUGGCGCACCCGAUGGAGGAGGUGCAGAACGUGGACGACCCGCACCUGCUGCUGCACGACCAGACCGUGAUCCGCAAAGGUCCCAUUUCGAUGACCAAGAACCCUCUGAGCCUGCCCUGUCAGAAGGAGCUGGUGGGAGCCGUGAUGAAUCCCAGUGAGGUCUUCUGCUCGGUCCCGGGAAGAUUGUCCCUGCUCAGCUCCACGUCCAAGUACAAAGUGACCGUGGCUGAAGUGCAGAGGCGACUGUCGCCGCCCGAAUGCCUCAAUGCCUCUCUGCUGGGGGGCGUUCUCAGAAGAGCCAAGUCUAAAAAUGGAGGCCGGUCCUUGCGGGAGAAGCUGGACAAGAUCGGGCUGAACCUCCCGGCGGGCAGGCGGAAAGCUGCCCACGUGACUCUGCUGACAUCCUUGGUGGAAGGCGAGGCCGUUCAUUUAGCUCGGGACUUUGCGUACGUCUGCGAGGCUGAAUUUCCCAGUAAACCGGUGGCCGAGUAUUUAACCAGACCUCAUCUGGGUGGACGGAACGAGAUGGCCGCUAGGAAGAACAUGCUGCUGGCGGCACAGCAGGUGUGCAAAGAAUUCACUGACCUUCUCAAUCAAGACCGCACGCCCAACGGGAACAACAGGCCCACCCCGGUCCUGGAGUCCAACAUCCAGAACUGCUUGUCCCACUUCAGCCUCAUCACGCACGGCUUCGGGAGCCAGGCCAUCUGCGCCGCCGUGUCUGCCCUGCAGAACUACAUCAAGGAAGCCCUGACUGCCAUAGACAAAUCCUACCUGAACCCCGCAGACCAGAGUCCGGCCGAUUCGAACAAAACCCUGGAGAAAAUGGAGAAGCACAGGAAAUAGAUGGGCUUGCUCUGGACACGGCUCCUCCCUGCCAGCGCGGGCGCCCUGGGGCCUGGGGGCAGAGCUCAGCCUGCCUCCGCCUUGCUGUGAGAAAGGCCUCCGGGCGGCCCUCCGGGUCGCGAGCUGCUCUCCUGUGGCCGAAGGGUCUCCUGACUUUGGACGCGUGAUCAGAAGGCCAUGCUGGUUCUUCACUCAUCCCGCUUUUGUUUCUUUUUUUUUUAACCCUGUUUUUCCUUUCUCUUAAAGUGGUGCUGCAAGUUUCAGAACUGUCCACGUACAUUCCCUGGGCUAGCGACAAACCGUGCGCUUAGCUGUGGGAAUGUCAGAUGGGUGAUUCAGAUCCACGUUCAACUUUUUUUUGUGUGUGUGUUUGUUUCAGUGUUAAGGUAGUGGCUGGUUUUUAAGUCCACUAAGUACUUCCCUACGCAAAAACGCUCAGAGGUCAGCUCGUAACUAGUUGCUAGGUGGUGUGUGACACACUUCAAGCCACGCAUCGGAGGGGGCCUUCUGGUUUCUGGAAACUUGUAGAAACAAAGCCUGCUGAAGAGCUGAUCUUUCUCUUCUCCUCUUUAAAAAAAAAAAAAAAAAAGUGGAAAGUUAACUCUUUAAUCACCGGGAGACUCUUGGCAAUGAUAUGUUCCUUAAGGUACAGAAGCUUUAUGUGCGUAUUUAUUUCAGACCUUGAACUUUUGAGUAAACUUGAAAAGGGCGGGCACAGGCCCCAGGUGCCCGCGCAGGCUCUGUGUGUUGAGAAGCAGUGUGUUGCGUGUACAGAUUUUAUUUAUGCGUAAUUUAAUGGGGUCUGUAAAUACUGGUGCACUUCUUGACUUUCUGAAAAUGGGAUCUGAUUUUAAUAUUAACUUUUAACGGUGGUGGGGGUCAUCUGUGACACAGCUGUAGAUGUUAUUCACGUGUGUACAGGGUAUUCCGAAUGAAGCCGCUGCUGGACGCUUCUUGGCUUGGAGAUUCUAUUUAACUGAAGCUCCCUGUGCAGAAAGCAAUAACCGUGUCCUUGCUGGAGGAGCGUGCGGUGAAGUGUGUGUGGGUGCAGCGGAGGUCGGGAUGGGGCUCCGUGCCUAUGAAUGGUCCCGCAGUAACUGUUGCGUGUAUGAUACCUGUGUAAUAAAAGUAUUCUCAAUAGA